AUGUUCCAACCCAACAACCAGAUUUCAGAUCAUACGAAGUCAUUAUCUAUUCAAGAUUCACCAGCAUUGACGCAAGUGGACGAAAAAGAAACUAGUCUAGUUGUGAAGGAUGGGAUGCAAAAUGGAGGAUUCGCUCAAGCAGAAUCCAUCAUCUACUACACUAAGAAACUUCAAGAUGAUUUACAAAUGAUGGGGAUGAAAAUUAAACAGCACGAAGACAACAUAAAACUUCUGAAGUCUCAGAGAAACAAAUUAGAUGACUCUAUUCUCGAUUUGCAAGUUAUUCUAGGGAAGUAUCAUACCUCAACUGCAUCUAAAAUCGAAAAUGAAGACCAUUCCCACUGUAAAAGUGAGGAGGAAACAACCAAAAAGAUUCUUCAGCGUGAGAAGUCUGCUGCAGGCAUUUUAUGGCAGUUGAAAACUCGUCAUGGUACUCAGGCUGCCCAUCUUACCUUGACCAAGGAUGUCCUGGGUAUUGUUGCAAUGCUUGGCAAAGUAGAGGAUGAUAAUCUUAGCAGGCUUUUAUCAGAAUACUUAGGAGUCGAUACUAUGUUGUCAAUUGUCUGUAAGACUUAUGAAGGUGUCAAAGCUUUAGAAACGUAUGACAAUGAAGGCUGCAUAAAGAAAAGUUCUGGUCUUCAUGGGCUUGGUGCUUCUAUUGGAAGGACAUUAGAAGGCAGGUUUCAGGUCAUUUGUCUUGAUAAUUUAAGACCAUAUGCUGGUGAAUUUGUACCUGAUGACCCACAGAGGAGGCUUGAUCUUCUGAAGCCAAGGUUACCUAAUGGGGAAUGCCCACCUGGUUUUCUUGGUUAUGCAGUAAAUAUGAUCCAUGUGGAUAGCACAAGCUUAUUUUGUGUCACAGCUAGUGGGCAUGGCCUGAGAGAGACUCUAUUUUAUAACCUCUUCUGUCGCUUGCAAGUAUAUAAAACAAGGGCAGAUAUGGUUCCUGCACUUCCUUGUAUAAGUGAUGGAGCCAUUUCUUUAGAUGGCGGGAUGAUUAGGUCAACUGGUGUGUUUUCUCUUGGCAACCGGGAAGAUGUAGAUGUGAGAUUUCCUAAACUGUCAGUGAUAUCAAGCCUACCCGAAACCUAUCUUGAUUCUGAAAGACAAAUCAAUGAGUUGAAGUGGAAAAAAGAAAAAAUGCAGGAAGAUAUGAAGAGAGAACAAGCAUUAUUGGACAACGCGAAGUUCAAUUUUGACAGAAAGAAGCAAGAUUUUCUGAAAUUCCUGGCUGAUAGCUCAUCAUAUGCAACUCAGCAUCAAUUUCAGGCAGCAGCACAAAGCAGAGUGACCUCAAGGUUUCCUCACAUAUUCACUCCUUUCGGCGGCUUACCAUCGCUGCCUUCUCCUCGAACGACGCAGCGACGCCAUCCUUUCUCCUCCACACCAUCGUCUUCUUCGCACCAGUCACCACCAGCAGCCAAUUGCACCAUAGUAUUCUUCUCUUCUACUCCACAGUCCAUCGACGCCUUACUGCUCCUCGCUGCUCGCACGAGUCAACGACUGCAGGAGAGAACCCGAAAGAGUACAUCAAUGGCAGGCCAAGCUGCAAAAUCUGUGGCAAAGACAAUUGGAGGGUACCAGUACCCAUGGCGCGAGAAGUUGGCUAAACACAGCUCCGAGCUAUCCAAGGGUGUGUGGGGUUACUGGCAUCUAGGGGCAUGGAAGCCGCUUGGAAUCAGUGCUCGUCAUCGAGCUAAAAUUAGAAGGGAAGUGCUCCUCGCGGGACAGGAUUGGCCAUAUGAUCCAGCAAGGAAAGAAAUGAGAACCAAGAGGAAAGGUCACAAAGUUGACAGGAUAGCUGCAGAGAAACGGGAAAACACUGCCAAGUUGAUGGUGAAGAUGCCACAAAUGUUGCUUGAUUACAAGAAGCGCGUGUGGGAGAAGAGGAUGAAGGAAGAAGAGAAGAACAAAAGCUGA